AUGGGGGCAACUGAUACUGCAGCUUUCGCUGUUCCAAUUGCAAUUGUCCUGAUGGUGGCCAUUGUUGCUGUUCCAUGCACAUACGUACGGGCGAUGAACAAACGGCGUCUUCGGAAGCGACAACAGGCGAGGAAAGAUAGGGUUUGGGGAUCUUCUGUUGCCAUCGAGUUGUCGGAGCUGGAAAGAACUGCUGAUACUGUGGCUACGAAUCCAAAUAAUCACGUUCAGCCGCCAGAAUCGGCCAUGACUAGGACUGUUCGACAACCCGAAAGAGAUUCGUUGGGGUUAGCUAUUCCUCCAUAUUCAUCUGCAGACGUACAACCGUUGUCACCGAGAGAGCUGGAACUGGUGGCGCAGAUGAGCACUAUGGCUGAGAGGAUACGUGGGUUAGAGGAGAGAAACAGAAGUAGGCCGCCAGAGUAUCAGAAAACUAGUUCUCCGAAUUCUACAGAAGCAGAGCCGCAGAGGGGGGGAUAA